CUUGUGCGCAUGUCAGAACUUGGCAAAUAGCUACGGUGUUAAUUAAUUCUCACCUGUAAUUUGCCCAUUUUUCCCCCCGGAUAUUGUCUUCCCUCUCGUCGUGGCUUGCAGUGUUUGUUUCCACAAAGAUGGUCGCUCUUAGAGGACUUUAUCACAGAUUCUCCCGCCUGGCAAAAGUUGCAGCUCAAACAAAAUUCAGGAAAUAUGACACCAUAACUGCAGGCAUCAGGACGGACCAAAAGGACUUCCCUUCCAGGCAGGAAGUGGCAAGCCAGGCAGUGUCAGAUGGAGAGCUGAACAUGUCUGCACGGGGCUGUGGAGGAAGCAGUUCAAGUCUACCCGGGACUCCCGGUGGAGAGGCUGGCCCAGCCAGCGGUGUACUGAGCUGGGCUGUUUCAUUUGAGAAGCUGUUGGAGGACCCCUGCGGAGUACACUGCUUUACGUCCUUCCUGAAGUCUGAAGUGAGUGCGGAAAACAUUUUAUUCUGGCAGGCUUGUGAAAACUUCAGGAAGAUCUCAGCAACCUCCUUGGAUGAGCUCAAAACAGAAGCUCGCACCAUCUACAACACCUACCUGUCUGACAGCGCUCCCUACUCGGUCAACAUCGACGACACAGCCAAGACAGAGGAGAAGGACCUGGAACAGCCCACACCUGAUAUGUUCAGCAAGGCUCAAGCACAGAUAUUUAAACUGAUGAAAAUGGACAGCUAUAGGCGCUUUGUGCGCUCUCCUCUCUACCAGAGCUGCACUUUGGCAGGUGUAGAAGGUAAACUUCUAUCUCAGCCGGCCCGGAUGGGAUCCUGGGAGGAUGUUGCCACCAGAGGCCCCUCACUCAGUGGCAAGAAGGGCAAGACGUCAGACUCUAACAGCUUGGCUGGUGGCAGGAGUGCUUCAGAGAAACAGCGUCAGAAAAGAGGAUCCUGGGGAGAUGCAUCCAACAACAAUGGUUUAGUCCCCCGAAAAGAGUUCAGUAAUAUGUCGGUCAAGUCGAGCAGCAGUGUGGAGCUCGGCUCCCUCUACAGGCAGAUAGAGAAUGGCAGAUCGAGUCCCCGGUCCCCAGAGCAGGGUGGUGGAGGUGGGGUUCGAUUAGGGAUGGAGGGGGGCUACUGCUGCGUCUACCUACCUGAUGGCAGUGCCUCCCUGGCUCCCACACGUACUGGCCAGCCCAUCAAAGACAUGUUGGCUAGCCUGUGUGAGAAGAGAGGCUUCCCACUAAAAGAUGUCAUCAUCUAUCUGCAUGGCAAGGACAAGCCCUUAUCUCUGGACCAGGACUGCUUCGUACUGAGAGAUCAGCAGGUCUCUCUAGAACUCAGGGUGACGUUUGCGCUGGAGAUUGCCUUCACUGGUAAGACCGUGGGGAUCAUGGUUAAAUCCAGCAAGACGCUGCAGGACGCCCUCUCUGCUGUGCUACAGAAACACCAUCUCAAACAGCAAGAGGCCCUGGUCACCAUGGUUGGAAGCAAUGAGCCUGUGAACAUGAGCAGCACGGUGUUCAAACUGGCCAAUAAGACGAUACGACUUGACAAAAUCAAAGGAAAAGACAUUUCCAGAGCUGGUGGUACAGCUGCAGCCCCACAGACAGGAGCAGUGAGUGCAGGCGAUCUGGAGGCCAGAUCAUCUCAGCAGACAGACAGAGUCAGGACUCAGCCCAGGCCCAGUAAGAACCGCGACAUAGACGGCUUUCUGGACAUGCUGACAAGAGCUCAGUGCUGCAGGGUUGAUGACCAACGAGGCCUUUUGACCAAAGAGCAGCUGGAGGUGCCUCAGUUCCUGCAGCUGUCCUCAGACCAGGGCCGGGACACGGUGCCGAACGAGGACAGCACAAAAAGCUCCACCGCUGAAGACUACAAAAAGGUCAAAAAAGAAGACAAGACAUCAUUAACUUCAAGUUCAGCCGGAGCAGCGGAGGGAACCCCCGACUCUGAUCAAUCUGAAGCCAAAGACUUGAAAGAAACGGCAGUGUGAAAGGCUGUCAUGUGCGAGGUGGAAAAACUACAACAGAACAUCAUGUUACCAGUCACAUCAGAAGACAAAUGUUCAAGCACUUUUAAUAAUUGUUUACAAAUAAGCUCUGAGACUGCAGUGUGAGAUCAUCCCUGCUAAUAGUGACUGGCCUUUUGAGGCAGUACUUAAAGGAGAAGAAAGAUCAUGGCAAGCAUUUAUAGUGUCAUUUCAAAACACUACACAUCUUAAUGAGAAAAAUAUUUCCUGUGACUUGCUUAGCUGAUUGUAUGAAGAAAUGUUUGAAAAGUUCCCUGAUAUUUUAAUGCUGUACACUUUGCAGUUGACAUUGCUUUUAUUUCUUACAAUUCCACAGUGCUUUUCGCCAAACUCUAAGCAAAAACUUGUUUCUUCACAGGGCUUUCCAGAAAAGAUGUAGAAAUGUAUUGCACUAUUAUUUUCUUCUGAAUUAAGAUUGAAUUUUUUUUCUUUUUUCCACAGAGAUAUGUUUUAAAUAUUUUAAAUAACCAGUUUUCAUUUGUUUGCUCACUUGCUGUUUUCAAAUGUGUGUUUGUGGUACUUAAAUGCGUUUUGUUGUUUGCUGUGAUAGCACUUUGAAAAGUCCUGUGUUAAGUCCUGUGUUCCUGUCACCUCAGACUGCAUCUCAGGGUUCAGAUCGUGAAUUAGUAAUGUCAUAUUAGAAGGAAUGAAUCAGAUGUAAGUAGACGAGAAUUAAAGUGAUUCAUGAUGAAA